GAACCGUGAGGGGUUUUGUGCCGCUUUCACGGCCCUUAGUGCUGUUUCUAUGGUUUAACAGGCCCGCCUGUGGAAACGACCCUUUCCUAAUACCAUAAAAACCCCCAUUUUAUCCAUGUGGCGGUUCAAAGGUGUGGCAAAGACUGUGUAAUAAACGGGGGGGGUGGGGUGGUAAAGCCCUCAUUCCUUAGCACAGUUCAGAGUGGGGGGGGACAGCAUCUGAUUAGCCAGUUAAAUAAAUGCACAAUAAUAUGCACAAUAAAUAAGGCAGAGCUGUGAUAUUCCUAGCUCCUGUGUAACUUUUUUUCUUCUGCAGACAGUGUCCUCUGGCAUUUUUUGUGCAUAAGUAGGUAAAUAGACUGUAAAAAUCAGUAAUAGAUGCUGUGAAGAUUUGGGGAGAAGAGCGGUUUCACAAUUAAAACACUGGCAGAGCAUCCGCUGUGUCAGAGAAGUGGAAUGGACCCCGUGAGGAGCAGAAAUACCCGGUCUGUGGAAAUGUCCUGCAAAACCUUCUGAAAAAUCGAGGCUUUUCUAAAUAAUACUGUGGCAUGAAUGGCUCUGCACCCUCCCGGGUCAGAUCUUUGACUGAGAUUCCCACAGCCACCAGUGAGUUGCUGCUUUCCUGGAAGCAGCUGUUUGUAGAAGAGACUUCUGCUUUUGUUCCUCUGUGGUAUCAUCAGAAGUUUUUUGUCUCGCUCGCUAUUAGCAAGCUAUUGUCACAUACAGCAUGUUAUCCGAAGCUGUGCGGGAAAUUGUCCUCUCUCCUCAGAUCCUUCUUUGUUUGUUAUAGGGCUCGAAGGCUUUGUUCUGGUGCUUUGAACCACGAUAGUGCUGGACAUUACAUCAGCUAUUUAUCUUCACCUGCAUUUACACUCCUAUCUCUGCAGCCUGUCAUCUGUUAAGGCUUUGAUCCAGUGUUCUGUUUUCUUACUAUAACUGUUUAAUAGUGUCUGUAACACAAUGCAAAGUACACACAAAAAGUGCCUCUGUCACAAGGAUAUACUAAACAGAUUCAUCCUAAGUGUAGGACAAGCUGUUCCUCUGGUUGAGAACAGAAGAAAGGGACCUUCUGGCUAAAGAGAGAGGUUCGUAGCAUGUGCAUUGCAUCACUCCCAAUUUAGUCACCUUGAGCAGCACCUUAGUUGCUACUGUCUCAUGGCCAUGAUUCCCUCCACGGGGCUUUGUUAGAGAUCUCAGGUUCUUUGUGCAAAGCAUGAGUACCAAGGCCUUUCUUUGAAAGAAAAUAGGAAAUAAUCUUUCUCUUUCUCUCUAAGUCAAAGACUUCUUACAGGACUUCACACGGCUGUCCUUUGGAACGCUGGAUGGGGAGCAGGUCCUUUCUCUGAGCCUGAGCCUGAGCCCAGGGCUGGCUUCUCAGACGGAGGUGUGAGAGCCCUCUGCUUCCAUGUGCAUGCGGGGAGCAACUCAAGGAUCCUUUUGCAGAAUGAUGAGUAAGUUUAAUUCUGAAAAGCUCAAGGCCUCCAAUAGGCAGUAGGAGCCAGGACUGGAAUUACAAGCACGUCUUGCAGAAAAUGACAUCCCCAGCAUUCAGUAAGUGAAGUGUAACACUGCUGGGGAAUUGGCACUGGUGAUCCAGACUGUAGCAAUGCUGGAUUUCUUUCAGUGUUGUUCAAGGUGUAAGGACUGCGGCACAGAGAAAGAAAUAUUAACUUCUUGAAGCUCACAUAGGAAAUUGGUGAACAAUAACCUCAGGUUACGUGUUUGCCUCAAAUACACACUGUUGACUGGAACAGUCUGCUCUUCACCUUUCUGAACUAUGCCAAGAAAAAGAAAGCUGUUGGCUCAAUUAAGUGCUCUCCAAAGCAACUCCAGUUUGCCUCCUUUUGAUGCCCUGCACAACCUGAACGCUCCGUCUGAUGGGGAUUCUUCUCCAAAAAGCAGCAAAUAUUUUGCAAUAGAGAAAAAAAACUCUUCCCGGCUGGAAGCGGAUUUUUUCAACCAGCCCUGUGUUAGUUUGGCCAAGUCCUUUCUGGGACAGAUUUUAGUUCGCAAACUUCCCGAUGGCAGAGAACUCUGGGGAAGGAUUGUUGAAACAGAAGCGUAUCUGGGUGGGGAAGAUGAAGCUUCCCACUCAAAAGGUGGGAAACAGACUCAACGCAACGCGGCGAUGUUCAUGAAACCAGGAACCCUGUACGUCUAUCAGAUCUAUGGGAUUUACUUCUGUGUGAAUGUCUCCAGCCAAGGGGAAGGGGCCGCGGUCUUACUUCGCUCUUUGGAGCCUCUUCAGGGUUUAGAUGCGAUGAGGGAGCUGCGCAGCGCGGCGAGGAAAGGACCCACGAAGCCCCUGAAGGACGGGCAGCUGUGUAACGGGCCCUCCAAGCUCUGCCAAGCACUUGGGAUCGAUAAGGCUUUUGACCAAAGGGACCUGACUGAAGACGCAGCCAUCUGGAUGGUACCCGGCCAUGACCUACCAGAGGAGCAGGACGUGGUCGUCACAACAAGGAUUGGGAUUGGGAACAGGGGAGAGUGGGCACAGAAACCUCUCAGGUUUUAUUUACGAGGAAACAAAUUUGUGAGCGUUGUGGACAAGAAAACGGAGAGAGAAAUGGCAGCAAUGGAACACUUGUCUUGCAGCUGACGAGUCUUGCAGGUGUGCCACCAGGCAGGACUUGAGCUGUGCGCUGUAGAUGGCCUCAAGCUACGUCACAGUAGCAGCCAUAGUACCCUGGAGGAUUUUAACAAUAAAUGUUCU